AAAGGUGAGGAAGAAAGCCGUGAGAUCUAGAAGGCAUCUAAAAAUGCACCCCAGAGGGAGGAUUGGCAGAGGACCGUUCCCAGAGAUUGGGUUUUCAUCCAGCUGUAGUCAGAGGCUCUGUAGCCUUCACGGCUGUGCCUUUUAAAGGCAUCCCAGUCCAGCCCAGAAUUGGUCAGAUUCCAGAAGAUCUGAGGCUGAACUCAAACCAAAGACGUUUGGAAGUGUAAGAGACCCUCCAGAUGAUUGUCUUUAUGGAAAGGAAAGUGAGUCCCCAAGAGGCGCGGGGCUCUGAGAACACAGCUGGUUAUGCGCCCCCGCCUGAACCUUAAGACAGUGCCUGCAUCUUUAUCACGAAAGCGAUCGUUUAUGCACAAUGUGUGGUGCUUAGUGCUUUGUAUGAUUUCAUAAUCCUCGCCACAGCCCUGUGAGGAAAGUACUACUAUUAACCCCACUUUUAUAGAUGAAGCCUAGAAAAGUCAAGUUAUUUGGCCAAAGUCAACAGCCUGGAGAGGUCUAGGAGCCGGAUUCUAACCCAGAAAGGAUGUAUUUAGAAUAAGGUUUAAUCACAAUGCAGUAUGUUAGUGGCUUUUACUUCGCAUUUUGGUGAGGGAGGAAGGUUGUUGUGGUUAGGAUCUUGCGUGCUGGGGUUUUCUGCAACGAGGAACUGUCCCUCUGGGGACACAUUCAGGCCCCAAACCCCUCUCUCAGCUUCUCUCCCUCUUGGCUUGGGAAUCUGUAACUCCCGAGUGCGAUGCUCCCGCCGCCAGUAGGCGGCACCGUCGCCCUUAGCAGCCAGGUCCGUUACCCCGGGUCACCGGGGAACCAGGAAAGGCCGCUGGGAGUCCAAGUAAAAUUUCUGGCACGCUGGCCGCCUGGCCGAGCUCGGCUCUCCAGGUGUCCCUCAGCGUGCCCACCGCCUCCGCCCGCCCGGCUGCCGCGAGCAUGCGCAGUACCUCUCGAGGUUUGCAAAUUCCCGGGGACCGUGGCGCGUGCCCCGCCCCGCCCGCUGUGCCCGCCCCCGGCGCUCGCGCACCCGCCUGCGGUUCGCCUGCGCCGCCCGGGAGACCGCCACUUCCGGGCUGGUCCUGGGCCGCUGGGGGCGCCGCCGUUGCGCGGCGCGGCCUGGGCGGGGCGGCCGGGUGCUCAGGAGUGCGGCAGCGGCGGCUGGAGCGCAGCAGCCAGCCUCUCGCACCGCAGCCUGCCCGCCAGCCCGCCGCCGCCGCCCGGAGCGAUGGCCGGGAGCAGCUCGCUGGAGGCGGUGCGGAGGAAAAUCCGGAGCUUGCAGGAGCAGGCGGACGCCGCGGAGGAGCGCGCGGGCAGUCUGCAGCGCGAGCUGGACUACGAGAGGAAGCUGAGGGAGACCGCUGAAGCCGACGUAGCUUCUCUGAACAGACGCAUCCAGCUGGUUGAGGAAGAGUUGGAUCGUGCCCAAGAGCGACUGGCAACAGCUUUGCAGAAGCUGGAGGAGGCCGAGAAGGCCGCAGACGAGAGCGAGAGGUGAGCACGCCUCUCCCAGCCCACCUUUCCCAGCUAAUGGGAUGAGAACAGCUACCUUCUUUAUAGGAAAAAGUACAUGAAGACAAGUAUGUUUUUGUUAUAACUUCGGUCCACUUUCAAGCUGAAGCUUCCCACCAGUAAAAGGAAGAAAUCCCAUUAUUUGUAUAGCAAGUCAGGUAUGUUGGCUUUUCCUGUUUCCAUGCCUCCCAGUUUCUAACAGGAUCCUGAUGUGGUACCUUUCAUUUAGCAUUAGAUCCCUGGACAGUUUCACCAGUAUCAAAAGUGAGGUUUCAUUCACAAUAAACAGAGAAGUGUAUGGCUUUUUUUGCCUUCAGCUCUGGAAACUCUUGCCUCAUGGUUUGGAAAGUAAAAGUGGCUCUGUGCUCUGUUUUGGUCUGCCAGUUACACCAGGCCGCACAAACCCAUGCAGUGCAGUGUGGGUUUAUGUUGGUCGUCUCUAAACCUUGGGUCUUCCUGCUUGUCUUCCUUUUCAGAGGCAUGAAAGUCAUUGAAAGUCGAGCCCAAAAAGAUGAGGA